CACGUGUUGCGUGUUGUUGAGUGUUACAGGUUGCCUACCUGUGCUCCCUGCAUCCCUUACGGUUUCUCCUAGCCGUGAUCUGCUUACAUCAACCUUGACAGAAACAUUUUUAAGCGAACCUCCCAGAGAAACCGACUCGCCUCUUUCCAAACUCCGCCCUCUCGAUCAUUGUUAGGAAACAUUCCGUUUUAACUCGACGUGUACACAAAAAGCAUAUUGCCAAAAACUGGUGCGCUUGUUGAUUUCUUUGUAUCAGUAGUUCAGAUCAGUGGUUAAAAUGCUGGACCCAUCUUCAAGCGAAGAGGAGUCUGGUGAUGAGGUCCUGGAAGAAGAGCGACGAGACGUUCUACUGGCCGGCUCUCAGAGGUCCCUGUCAGGGCAAGAAUCUAGGAAUGAAAGGCGAUCAGGUACCGCUAGACCUGCAAGCCCAAGUCCCGCUGUCAUCAGCGAGAAAGAAAAGGAAGACCAAGACCGGCUACAGAGAGAAGAGGAUGAAAGGAGGACACGGCUACAGAUAUAUGUGUUUGUGCUAAGGUGCAUAGCAUAUCCUUUUAAUGCCAAGCAACCUACAGAUAUGUCCAGAAGACAGCACAAGCUAAACCGGCAACAGCUACUGACAAUUAAAGAGCGUUUCCAGGCCUUUUUGAGCGGAGAGACCCAGAUUGUCGCAGAUGAAGCUUUUUGCAAUGCAAUUCGAAGUUAUUUUGAGGUGUUCCUCAAGAGCGACCGUGUUGCCAGGUUGGUUCAAAGUGGGGGUUGCUCAGCUAAUGACUUCAGAGAAGUAUUUAAAAAGAACAUAGAGAAGAGAGUGCGCAGCCUUCCUGAAAUUGAUGGCCUGAGCAAGGAGACUGUCCUGAGUUCCUGGAUUGCCAAGUUUGAUGCGAUCUACAGAGGAGAGGAGGACCUUCGCAAGCAGCUACCCAGGAUGCAUUUAAACGCUGUAUCAGAAUUGAUCCUAAGUAAAGAGCAGCUUUAUGAAAUGUUCCAGCACAUUCUGGGAGUCAAGAAAUUUGAACACCAGUUGCUUUACAAUGCUUGUCAGCUGGACAAUGCAGAUGAACAGGCAGCACAGAUUCGAAGGGAACUGGAUGGACGCUUGCAACUAGCUGAUCAAAUGGCUAAAGAAAGGAAAUAUCCAAAGUUUGUUGCAAAAGAGAUGGAAAGCCUGUAUAUUGACGAGUUGAAAUCCUGUGUGAAUUUGCUCAUGGCCAACCUGGAGAGCCUGCCAGUUUCAAAAGGUGGUUCUGAAUUUAAGAUUCAGAAACUGAAACGUUCCCAGAAUUCCUUGUUUCUUGACAUUGGAGAUGAAAAUGACACCCAGCUCUCCAAGUCAGAUGUAGUUCUGUCAUUUACACUCGAGAUUGUUAUUAUCGAGGUGCAAGGUUUGAGGUCAGUGGCUCCCAACAGGAUUGUGUAUUGCACAAUGGAAGUAGAAGGAGGAGAAAAGCUACAGACAGACCAAGCAGAAGCCUCAAGACCACAGUGGGGGACCCAAGGGGAUUUCACCACCACUCAUCCUCUCCCUGUUGUCAAAGUGAAACUCUUCACUGAAAGUACUGGGGUCCUGGCCCUGGAAGACAAAGAAUUGGGAAAGGUUGUUCUGUAUCCAACGCCAAACAGCCCAAAGUCUCCAGAGCUGCACAAAAUGAUAGUUCCAAAAAACAGCCAAGACUCAGAGCUCAGAAUAAAGCUUGCUGUACGGAUGGACAAACCACCAAAUACGAAGCAUUGCGGGUAUCUUUAUGCACUUGGUCAGAAGGUUUGGAAGCGCUGGAAAAGGAGAUACUUCGUACUUGUUCAGGUUAGCCAGUACACCUUCGCCAUGUGCAGUUACAGGGAGAAGAAAUCUGAACCUCAGGAGCUAAUGCAGUUGGAAGGAUAUACUGUGGAUUAUACAGACCCCCAACCAGGUCUUACAGGUGGUCGAGCAUUUUUCAAUGCAGUGAAAGAAGGGGAUACAGUGGUUUUUGCCAGUGAUGACGACCAAGACCGAAACAUUUGGGUGCAGGCAAUGUGUCGAGCUACAGGCCAGUCUUAUAAACCUGUUGCCCCAACACUGGCACAAAAACACAAUUUCAAAGAUUCAGAACGCUCCCAGAAACUUGGGAUGGAUGGAUUUAUAGCUGCUGACCCCUGUAAGUGUAUGCACUCUGCCCUGUUUCAAGUGCUUCAGAAGCAGAUUCUACAACACAGAAUGAACGAUUCAUUUUCUUGUCUGGGCUGGUUCAGUCCUGGCCAGGUGUUUGUGCUGGAUGAAUACUGUGCCCGAUACGGAGUGCGGGGCUGCCAUCGACAUCUCUGUUACCUCAAAGAGCUCACUGAGUAUGCAGAGAACAGUGCUGUGAUUGACCCCACCUUGCUUCAUUACAGCUUUGCCUUCUGUGAUUCUCACGUUCAUGGAAACAGGCCUGAUGGGAUUGGAACAGUGACCACCGAAGAAAAAGAACGAUUUGAAGAUAUAAAAAGUAGACUUUUGUCACUUCUUGAAAACCAGAUUGUCCAUUUCAGGUAUUGUUUCCCCUUUGGGCGUCCUGUGGGAGCUUUAAAAGCUACACUUUCAUUGCUUGAAAGGGUUUUAAUGAAGGACAUUUCCACCCCUGUGCCGCCUGAUGAUAUGAAGAAAGUGAUACGCAAAUGUCUUGAGAGAGCUGCUUUGAUCAAUUACUCCCGACUCACAGAGUACGCUAAAAUAGAAGAUACUAUGAACCAAGCUGCUCCUGCUAAAAAACUAGAGGAUGUUAUGCGACUAGGGGAGCUGUGCAUUGAAGUACUACAACAGAACGAAGAACAUCAUUCAGAGGCCUUUGCUUGGUGGCCAGAAAUAAUGGCUGAACACGCAGAGAUAUUUUGGUCCUUAUAUGCUGUUGACAUGGGUGCCUCGCUUGAGGCACAGCCUCAAGACUCCUGGGAUAGUUUUCCACUUUUCCAGCUUCUCAAUAACUACCUAAGAAAUGACACUCUCCUCUGCAAUGGGAAGUUUCAUAAGCACUUGCAAGAUUAUUUUAUCCCCCUGGUUAUCCGCUACAUUGAUCUAAUGGAGUCUUCUAUUGCCCAGUCUAUUCACAGAGGAUUUGAACAGGAAACAUGGCAGCCAGUCAAGACUAUUACCAACAAUCUCCCAAAUGUGCCUCUACCAAAGGUUCCAGGUCUACCCCUUAAUCUUCCUCAAAUACCUAGCUUUUCUGCACCAUCCUGGAUGGCUCCUAUAUAUACUAACACCAAUGGAUCAACCACAUCAGAAGACCUGUUCUGGAAGCUGGAUGCGCUGCAGAUGUUUGUCUGUGACUUGCACUGGCCCGAGCCUGAAUUAGCCCAACAUUUAGAGCAAAGGCUCAAACUGAUGGCCAGUGACAUGGUGGAGGCCUCUGUUAAAAGAACAAGAAUAGCUUUUGAUGCCAAGAUGCAGAAGGCCAGCAAAUCAACUGAUUACAGAAUCUCUCCUUCUGUUUGUACCAUGUUUAAUGUGCUAAUGGAUGCCAAGAAGCAGUGUACCAAGCUCUGUGUUUUAGAUGCAGGACAAGAGUUUGGUAAACAAUGGCAACAGUACCUUUCGAAAAUAGAUGACCUAAUUGAAGAAGCCUUUAAAGAAAUGAUUUCCUUGUUGGUUUCAAAGUUUGUUACAGUAUUGGAAGGAGUACUAUCAAAACUAUCAAGAUAUGAUGAAGGAACAUUGUUUUCUUCCAUUCUUUCUUUUACUGUGAAGGCAGCUGCAAAAUAUGUUGAUGUUCCUAAUCCGGGGAUGGAUCUGGCAGACACUUACAUAACGUUUGUACGACAGAACCAGGAUAUUCUCAGAGACAAGGUCAUUGAGGAUAUGUAUAUAGAAAAAUUAUUUGAUAAAAGGAUGGAUGAUUUAAGUUCAGUGAUGUACUUGAGGCUGUUUGAGCAAUGGUAUACCAGUUCUAUGAAAGCAAUCUGUGUUUGGCUUACUGACAGACUUGAUCUCCAGCUCCACAUGUAUCAGCUGAAAACUCUCAUCAGGAUAGUCAAGAAAUCAUACCGUGAUUUCAGGUUGCAGAGCGUGUUAGAAGGAACCUUGAACAACAAAACCUAUGAAACCGUUUACAACCGCCUUACUGUCGAGGAGGCCACCGUCUCAGUGACUAAUGGGAGUGACCUUCAGGGGAUAUCAAUGAGAGACAGUGAUGAAGAAGAGGGGUGAAAGAAAGAGUUGAACAGUCAAUGAUCAAUCAGUUUUAUUCAGUGUUACAGCAGCAGAAACAUUCACAUUUGCUUUGUUCCACUGUGUACUUCUGUUACAGAAUUGAUGCCAGUCAUUUUUCUACAUAAUAUUUAAUAAGUGAGACGCUAUGCCAAGGAUGUGUAAGAGUAGAUUUUAAUUUACAAAAAUAAAAUUAAGAAUACUGUUAUGGUAAUUUAAUGUUUACAUGUUUUUAAUUUUGAGUUUUUAAAGUUGAACAAAUUUCAAAUCUGUACAAUGGUGAAACUCAGUUUGCAAUGUAUCCUGUAAAUUAAAACCAUUUUAUUUUAUAUAUUAGGUUAUGGUAACAAUUAACUGGAAAUGUGUGAAAUAAACAUAUAUAAUUUGAGUUAAAAACUGUCACUGCAGUUGUGAUAAACAUGUUGUCUUUGUGCCAAGAUCUGAUCUUACAACAUUUACGCUUACUUUAAUAUUCAUGCUGGUAUUCUCUCUCGGGGGCCAAAGGACCAAAGCAUUAUGCUCAUCAUUGUUAUGGUAUGUCAUUUGUUGUAUGUUUUUGUGCUUCUAAUUGGUGACAAAACUGACAUGAUGGAGACAAACAAUCAUGUCAAGCAAUCGAUUCAUAAAUUAUUAAGGUGACUAGUGCCUAACAUUCAGUGAAUUUUCUUUUAAAGAUUAAUGAGGUCUAAUAUCGUAAGAUACCAAGUACGCUUCAGUAAGAUCAUAUCAGUUAUGUUUAUUACAAAACCACUGUAUAACUACCUGCCAUUAAGAAUGCAUAUUUGUAUUUGUCAUUUCUACACCUGCUUUCAUCCAGGUGUCUUCUGAGUGUUAGAAUAAAGUGUUUUCAUGAA